AUGUCUCCGCACAGCGCUGCUCUCGACCCCGCACGGAGUUACCGGCCCAAGAUCAUGGGGACCGCCAAGAGACCCGGGGAAGCCACGGUGCUGCGCAAGAGCCUCAAGCCGCUGAUGGAGAAGCGCCGUCGGGCGCGCAUCAACGACAGCCUGAACCAGCUCAAGACCCUCAUCCUGCCGCUCAUCGGCAAAGACAGUUCUCGCUACUCCAAGUUAGAAAAGGCAGAUAUCUUAGAGAUGACCGUGCAAUUCCUCAAAGAGCUUCCAGACCCGCGUGCUUCAGUUUCUGCCUCUGCAGGCGGUUACUGCGAAGGCUACCAGGCCUGCUUGUCCCGCCUCACCAACCUCCUGCCCAAAUUCAGUCCGCUGAACCCAGAUGCCUGCAACAGUCUCCUGAGACAUCUUCAACAGGCCAGCAAUGAACGCCACUGGAUUCGGGACUGCAGCAGCCCAACAGACUUGCCCCUGGCUCAAAGCCUGGCUGCGCCCCUCUGCCCAGCCAGAAGGGCCCCAGAAACCUUUUCUCCACGCUUGCCUGCUGUGGUACAGCCAGCUCUCUGGAGGCCCUGGUAG